GUUCAAUCCCGGCUGCCAAUCUCUGAGGUUUUGGAUGGGUUUUGCGGUCAGGGCUUACUCGGGUUUUUCCACAUCAAACUGCACUAAGCACGCCGUGACUGGUCCUUGCUUUGUGCACUGGGGCCCGUUCAAGUUGGAGGUGUGCCAGCGAGGACAUACUUCUCGCAGCUGCUUCUGCUCCCUCCACACUUCACCGACCCGCUUCCUGGAGGCCCGUUCUGGAGCUCAGGGCAUGCGCGGUGAGCUCCGAGGUGUCUCGCUCGCCUGCCCCCAUCUGAUUCAGCAGGAAGCGUCACUGCGGAGGAAUGUGCCGCUGGGACGCCUUCAGACGAGGUGGGUGGAAACACGGAAGGAUCCUUCAGGUGAGAUGAAACGGACUGAUACAAUGGCCUCGAUGACGCCACUGCCAUGGGCCGGUUUCGAAGGCUGUGCUUACACAAAACACAGCAACCUUAAAAAAGUUUCGUGUACAGACAAUGCAAUUGUCAAAGUGAUUCGCAUUCACACUGAUAUGCAAGAAAAACAGGAAUAUGCACAUCUUCUUUUUGACACUCCAAAAGACAAAAACAAGGUAAAUAAAAGAACUUUUUAAGAUGUAUUUUCAAUUAACAACCUGGAAAAACAACUAUUACUUCAUCUUGACUUCAUCACUAAAUGUUUGAACCCCUUCGUGGCUGAAAUAUUACCCAAUUGUCAUCGUCGCAGGGCUUUUUGAUCCCGCGACAACGAGGCACUCCAAAGCGGCCGUGCAAGCGGAGAGCCUCCGUCCACACGCUGUCACGUAGGACUUUAAAGGUCAACUGCUAUGAGAGACAAACACGCCCCUUCUGACAAAGUUGCAGAAAUGUCAUUCGACAUCCAAGUGGUCACCAUAUUGGCUGCAUCUACUGUCCGUGACAUCACGUGACAUUCGCCAUUGAAAACACGCUGCGGCCCCUGCUAUGGGAGACAAACACGCCCCUUCUGACACGGAAGCUCUUUUCGAAGAAGCGAACAUCUCACAAUCGAGUGAAGUGACCGGGGCAAUAUUACCCUAUUGUUUCGAGCCAUAUUUAGAUGAUAUGUGGAUCACUUCAAACAGUAUGUAUGAGGUGAGCUGAAGCCGUGCUCAUCCGCGAGGCACGACGCGGCAGCCUUUGCCGGCCAGCCCGACGCGGAAGCCAUCCGACGCGCACAUCGACACAUUUAGCACCCCUGUCAUGCGUAUGCAGAUCUUUUGUUACGUUAUGAGAGACGGAUUACGUGCUCCAUCUCAAGCUAUUAUUUUUUUUAGUAGCUGUAUACACACCUACCUGUCAUUUGGAACCCACAAAGCUCUCGUCCUUUGCACCCGUGCAAUGCAUUUUUCACGGGUCUCUUGGAAACUAAUGAAGGGUAAAUCCAUCCUCCCAAGUGUUCGAGCAAUAUCCAGAAAUGCAACGAGCCAGAGUUUUGGCUAACGCGAAGGAACGACGAGCUACCUUCCCUGAGAUAAAACUAAUCGAAACACACGAAAUCGCUUGAGUGUGUGUCUGCUACUAAUGUCACUUCCUGCUUCCUGUCGAAAACAAAUCCCUCGAGAGGAUUUUAAUGGCGGGAAUUUCAAAAAGCCAUAUACGUCAAAAUCAUGUUUUGUGGUGGAAAAAAAGGAUGGGUCCAUACCGGCUGCCGUUUUUUUUCAUUAAUAACAUACUAAAAAUCAUCCAUUUCAUGACACUUGACCUUUAAAAGAAAAUCACGUCUCUGAAUUCACUUUAUAGGAUCUUUGAAGAUUUAGAAGAACAUUUCCCCACCCAAGCUAAAUAAAAAUCAAUGGCAAUCGGGCAAAAGCAAACACAUUUCCUGACCAUAAAUCCACGUGACAGCUGCGCCAAGCCAAUUUCAUUUGCGGAAAGUCACCAUCACACUGAUAGCCACUCAAGGAAAAGCAGAAUGUGUGUGUGUGUGUGUUUGUGAUUCAUUUUGGUAAAUACUGCUAAACCGAUGAUCUACUUAAGGAGAAGAAUGCGUCGUAUUCAGGUGGACGCGGACAUAUUGCACCUAACGAGCACCGACUUCGUAUUUCCUCAUUACAGCUAAUAGCCACGGACAGCAUUGGCCACUAAUGGAACCUUCAAGUUCGGAGACGAUCGCAGAUGCCUCAUUAAAACGACAUCUGAAGCUAUUUACUCUUUGAAACUUUCGGAUCCAUCGACCGUUGGGGAUGAGAUCCCAGAGGAGCUUGAUGAGGUUUCCUUCAUUUUCACUUGCGUUUUACUCCCGCCUCGGGGCCAGCGCUUCAGUCAGGCUGUCGCUUGCCCGUCAACCUGCAGGUACUUGAGACGUUCGUAGCCGCGCCACAAGCAAACCGACGCCGCCGUAUUGGGGGAAGCUAAUGGGCGCCGCGCUCGGCGAAGAAGAGUCAGCAGAAGCUUUUUCUUCCGUUGGCCAAUUAAUUGACUGCCGCAUUUUUAACGGCGCGCCCUCUCUCAGCCGCAGAAGCGACGCCAAGUUGAAUUUGUCAACAAAUGAUGCGCGCGCGACGGCUGACGCGCCGUCGCACCGCUGCAAAAUACACACACGUGCGCGCGCACAAAGGAGGCCGUUUAAUAUUCCUGGGCCUGUUCGCCUUGACAUGUUGUUACGUGUUGGCUGCAUACAGCUUUGCUCGCGCUGCCAAAAAAAUGGAAUCCUACUUACAUAAAUCUUCCACCCGUCCAAAACACGGGCUGACGUUAAAAAAACACACACACACACACCUAACAAAGUGCAUGAACCCACUCGUAAAAUUGUACAUGUAUUAAGAGCAGGAAAGGGGAAAAUGGGUAACAGAAAGGGGAAAAGAGGGGGGGUGCUUGUUGACUGGACUUUUCUUACUACUUUUCCAAAGGUUUCAUGUACAGACGGCCACGCCAAAACGAUCCAUGUUCACGCCGACCUCCCAAAACUGAAAUUGAACAUUUUGGGUGAUGUAGUAGAUGGCAAUGGCAGUUGGGCAGAAAUUACGACCUCUUGCACAAAAACACCUUUUCGAGUCGUCUUUUUUUUUUUUUUUUUUUUUUUUUUUGGGGGGGGGGGUUCUGUGUGUGUCAUGGCAAUAAAGUCUUUGGUUAGUGAUGACAUACCCUUUCUUGGAAUUUACAUUAUAACACUAUUUUAAAAUUUCUAUAUAUCCACACCGCCACAGUGGCUCAGCUGGUAAAGCGUUGGCCUCACAGUUCUGAGGACCCGGUUCGGUCCCGCCCCCACCUGUGUUCUCCCCGCGCCUGCGUGGGUUUAAUCCGGACACUCCGGUUUCCUCCCAAAACAUGCAACAUUAAUUGAACACUCUAAAUUGCUCCUAGGUUCGUUUGUCUCAAUGUGCCCUGCGAUUGGCUGGCAACCAGUUCAGGGUGUACCCCGCCCCAGCACUCCCCGCGACCCUAGUGAGGAUAAGCGGCAAAGAAAAUGGAUGGUCACGGAUGACCAUGAAUUUUUUUCGUGUGUUUUCAGUUAAAAGAGGCCAGGGGUAUCCCAACAACGGUGCGGGGGCCAUGGCCCUUUUUUUGGCAUCUUGACACGGUUGCUUCCGGCGUCGACUGAGCGGCAAGACGUUUUCCACCUUUCACACGUGACUAAAAUCGUACCCACAUUUCUUUUCACAUUGAAAAAAGGUAAUUCGGUUACAUCGGAAUUCUUUGCUCCGCUUUGUACUCUGUUUUCGGGCCAAUUUAGUACUGAUUGUUCUUGUUUUGUCUACGUCUCUCUCUCGGCCGGCUUGGGAACGCCUCGUGAUCCCUCCGGAAGAGCUGGAAGAAGUGGCUGGGGAAAAAGGGAAGUCUGGGUAUCUCUGCUGAAGCUCCUCCCCACCGCGACCCGACCCGGAAAAGCGGGAGAGCCGGAGCAUGUCCCACCCACCAUCGGGCGAAAGGCGGACUGCACCCUGAAUUGGUCGCCGGUCAGUCGCAGGGCAGAUUUCGAUCCCACGCUGCCCGCACCAAAGGCAGGCAAUCUUCACGAGGAAGUGGAUGAUUCACGUCGAAGUUCUCGAGACUCCCCGGUCGUCGCGUAGCGCGCACGUGGGGAGUUGCGGCACGCACGACCUCGACUGGGUGCAGGGAAAGUACCGUCACUGUCGAUUCCGCCGCGCUCCGGCAGGCCGACGACUCGCCGCCGCGCCGUCUCAGUCAGCCGCCGGGUGCGCCUUCUCCGCCGCUCGCCAUGCCAGCGUCCGCCCAGCAAGCCCUCGUCUGCAUCCUCCUGCUGUGGACCGCCGUCCUGGCCGUCAUCCAGGCGGCGUGGCUCGUCGUGCACUUCUCGGCCGCCGGCCGCCGCUGCCCGGAGCCAGCCGGCGCCGCGUCACACGAGCCCGUCCCGUUCAGGAGCAACCUUUCGUCGCCACGUGAAGCUCCGCCUCAGUGGGGCGAAGGCGGAAUGCUCACCUACGCAGCUGUUGGAGGAGGCCAAACAAUCAAAUGGCUGGGGAGGCAUCAGAACCCAGAGCUCAUGUCGGAGUCGGGGGACAGUCUGGCGGUCAUGAAGGACGGCUAUUACUUCCUGGGCCUGCAGGUGACGCUGUCCUCGUGCGCGGAGGCCGACCGGCAGAUCAACGUGAGCCUGAAGCGCGGCGGCCGGAUCCUCUUGCGGGGCCGCAUCCACCCCAAGACCUGCAGCACGGGCCUCCUGGGCAAGGCGGAGGUGUUGUCCGCGGGCGGGGAAGCGCUGGAGGUCAUCGUCAGCCCUCCGAGCGGGAAUGUGGAUUACACCGAGGCCCUCACCCACCUGGAUGUCAUCUACAUGUUCAAGCCGUAGGGCCGCGGCUGACACGGACGCCAAAAGUGCUCCAAUAAUCCACAUUUUAUCGACUUAAAGCCUCCUGUUACCAUAUACCAAAAUUUAACUGCCCGAGUAUUUUAUUUUAUUCAAUUUUUUUCUUUUUUUUUCUACAAAAAUGUAACUUGGAAAAAAAACAAUGUUCCUCCAUAAUUAUCAUAAUAAACAUCUAACUGGAGGCUUAAAAACUAGAAAACUCACCAUCACUACAAAUCUUAUUUUCCAUGCACAGGGCUUUUUUUUUUUUUUUUUUUUUGCUUGAAAGGAAAAUUGAUGCUGUAACGUUGUGAUGGAACAAAAACGUUUUUUUUCCCCACACACUUACUUUGUUGAGUACAUUUAACAUGCGUUAUAGUAAAGUACAAGGAAGAAUGUAGUAGUAGGGGAUCGUGUCAAGAAAACAGUGAAUAAGCAGGGAUUUUCCAGAAAAUAGGGACCACUAAAAUCCACCAAAAAAAAUGAAUUUCCAAAGGCCAAACCACGAAUCUGCAAAAGUCCACUGUCAUGUAAGACGUUCAUUUAAUUCCUGAUUGUUUUCAGAUAUUUAUGUUGCUUGUAUUUAUUGUUUUCUUACAGUAUGUGAACAUUUUGAAAACUAAUUUCUUUUCUUAUCACACACAUAAUUAUGCGUCAAAUUCCAGUGAUU